AUGGACCGCCUCACCGAAUUCGCAUCCCAACACCCCCAAAUCGAACAUGUCACGCCCACCUCGCCAGACUUCGACACUGUGCGAUCUAUAUUCGCACAUCCGGAGAUCAUCCCCAGCGCUAUAAUGCGACCCGGCAGUAUCGAGGACGUCGCGGCCGCUGUAUCCUUCCUCUCGAGGGAGGGGAUCGACUUCACCAUCCGGGCCGGAGGACAUGACAUGCACGGACGGUCGAUGAAGAAUGGGGUUGUUGCGUUGGAUUUGAGGCGUAUCAACCAUGUUUAUGUUCAGGUUGAUAGGGAGAGGACUACGGCGAGAAUCGGAGGCGGGAGUUUAAUGGCUGAUGUGAUUGCGGAGCUUCAAAGGGAAGGGUUCAUUACGCCUGUGGGCACGAUUGGGUGUGUGGGGUAUGUUGGCUGGGCUAUGUAUGGGGGGUAUGGGCAGUACAGUGCCUUGUUUGGAUUGGGGGUUGACCAGAUUGUUGGUGCGAAGGUGGUUAAUGCGACGGGGGAGAUUGUGGAGGCUGAUAGGGAGCUGUUGAAGGGGAUUCGCGGGGCUGGGGGUGCGUUUGGGGUUGUUGCUGAGCUGACGGUGUCUAUAUACAAGCUGGAUAAGGUACUGGCUGGUGUCCUCAUGUUCAAAUCCGACGACCUCGACACUCUCGUUCCCCAGUUCAACGAGCAAUACAGAGCCCUAAAGGCACAAGGGCUACCGAAAGCCCUCAGUCUCAAUCAGGCCAUUAUACCUGCUCCCACCCCGACAUUUGGAAUUCUGUUCUUAUGGGCAUCGCCGGACAUCGAAGAGGGGAACAAAUGGGUCGACAAGAUAGCCAGUCUCGGACCGGUCACGGUCAACACAGUCGAAGAGAAGACCCCAAAGAGCUGGCUAGAUGAGGCAACUAAGAUAGUCGCGACAUCCACUCAAGGCCGCUUGUACGCGGUCUCUCUAAGAGAGAUUACCGACGAGGUUGCUCAAAUCAUAGCGCACUACACCAAGAACACGCCGGCAGACCCGCAUAUCCUCCUCGACGUGCAUGAGCUCCGACGUGAGUCGCCGUCUAUGAGGCCAGCCCCUGGCUCUGUUUUCGCUGCUAGGGAACCGCAUUUUGUGGUUCAGAUCAUCACAAUCGUGCAGGAUAAAGAGAACUUGCAAAAGACUUUGGCUUGGGGGGGCGAGUUCCAGCGGGCAUUGCAGGAGACGAGUGCGGACAACAUUGUCUCGGCUUCUUAUGUUUCUUUCACGUCGCCGGAGGAGAUGGAUCCUUCUAAGAUCUAUGGGGAGAAUCUCCCAUUCCUGAAGGAUUUGAAGCAAAGAGUUGAUCCGGGUAAUGUGUUUAAGGCGGCGAUUUCAUAUCUGUGA